GAGGAAGAAGAAGAAGAAGAAGAAGCAGCACUGCAUUAGCAGCCGGUCUACGGUGAACACUUCUCCUAGCAUUUUCACUUUAAACAAUCAAAACGUCGUACGCAAUGAGAGGGGACCGCGGCAGGGGUCGGGGAGGCCGCUUCGGGUCCCGUGGAGGACUGGUCCAGGGGUACCGUCCAUUUGUCCCACACAUCCCGUUUGAUUUUUAUGUGUGUGAGAUGGCCUUCCCCCGAGUGAAGCCUGCAUCCGAUGAGACAGCUUUCAGCGAGUGUCUGCUGAAGAGAAACCAGGACCUGAGCCCCACGCCCGCAGAGCAGUCCUCCAUCCUGUCCCUGGUCACAAAGAUCAACAAUGUCAUUGACAACCUGAUUGUUGCGCCUGGCAACUUUGAAGUGCAAAUUGAAGAGGUGCGUCAGGUGGGCUCUUACAAGAAGGGCACCAUGACAACAGGACACAACGUUGCUGACCUGGUUGUAAUCCUCAAGAUCCUCCCGACACUGGAGGCAGUCGCUGCUCUUGGCAACAAAGUAGUGGAGACCCUUCGCACACAGGACCCUACUGAAGUGCUGUCCAUGCUGACCAACGAGACAGGCUUCGAGAUCAGUUCAGCCGAUGCUACAGUCAAGAUCCUCAUCACCACCGUCCCCCCCAACCUGCGUAAACUGGACCCUGAGCUGCACUUGGACAUCAAGGUGCUGCAGAGCGCCCUUGCUGCCAUCCGCCACGCCCGCUGGUUUGAGGAGAACGCCUCUCAGUCAACGGUCAAGGUGCUGAUCCGCCUGCUGAAGGACCUGAGGCUGCGCUUCCCUGGUUUUGAACCCCUCACUCCCUGGAUCCUGGACCUGCUGGGCCACUCCGCAGUGAUGAACAACCCGUCCAGGCAGCCCCUGUCCUUGAACGUGGCCUACAGACGCUGCUUACAGAUGCUGGCUGCUGGCCUCUUUCUGCCCGGCUCUGUGGGCAUCACUGACCCCUGUGAGAGCGGGAACUUCAGAGUGCACACAGUGAUGACUCUGGAACAGCAGGACAUGGUGUGUUUCACAGCUCAGACACUGGUGAGGGUGCUCUCUCACGGAGGUUACAGGAAGAUCCUCGGCCUUGAAGGAGACGCCAGCUACCUGGCAACAGAGAUGUCCACAUGGGACGGUGUGAUCGUCACUCCGUCAGAGAAGGCCUAUGAGAAACCCCCAGAGAGGAAGGAAGAGGAAGAUGAAGCUCUGGAGGAGGGAGGAGAUGGAGAAGAUGAGAGCAUGGAGACCCAGGAGUGACUAGGAGUUCAGUGAAUGUUGGUGAGCGUAUUGAAGAAGUCCUUUCAGCUGGGCCACGGUGUGUACUUUGGAUGUUACCUGAACACAAACACCAGCAGGAACUGCAUUCCACCCGACAGCCACUGGUCCCCUGAUGUGUUCAGAAAAAAGACUGGCCUCAUUUAUUGUCAGUUUUAAUAAUGUUUUUAUUUCCCUUUGCUUUUUACUUCCUCUUUGUAACAGUGAACAGUUAAAACCCUGGAUUAAACUUUGUUUUUAAUUUAGA